UCAAAGUAUUUGGACAGUUGAUUUUGUAAUUUGAAUUUGAACUUUUACAAUUUAUAAAAUUAUGAUGUUAUUGUUUUUUUGUUUUGGUACAUACAAUAAUCACGAAAAAUAAUAAUUUAAGUUUUUCUUAUCUACUUUUAAACAUCAUAAGAAUCUUAAUAUUUAAUAAGCCUGUAUAGGAUAUAGGUAAUAAUGGAGAAACCAACAACGCGGAAAAGAAAAGCCAAUACAGCUCUUGAAGAUAAUAAUUCACCAAAACACAAAACGGUGAAAACUGUCGAAAAAUUAGAGAAAUCUCGAAAAAUCAAUGUUAAGGAGCCUAAGAAGCCGAAAGUUCAAGUCAAAAAAAAGGUAGAAUCUGAUGACGAAAGUGUUGAACUUGAAAAUGGAAAUGAGAGUCAUUUGUGGAAUGAGGCAGAUAUGCUUUCAAGCAUCGAAGGUGUACCGCAUGACUUCGCUUUAAGAUUUAUCUCUUUGUUAGCGGAUGGAUGUACGCUGCCAUUUAUAGCCAGAUAUCGUAAAGAAGCAGUUAAUCACUUAUUGCCUGAUCGGCUUCAAGAAAUAUUUGAUAGUUAUCAAAGUAUUGCACAGUUUAAGAAAAAAGUUAAAUCAGUGUUAGAGGCAUUGAGAAAAUCUAAAAAACUGACACAAGCAAUUGAAAAUAGUAUUUUAAAUGCCAAAAAUUUAUCUGAGCUUGAUUUAGUGUAUGCCCCCCUUAAAUCAAAUUCUCUUUCUCUGGCUGAGAGGGCUCGUAAUUUAGGCUUAGAACCUGUUGCUAUCGGUGCUUUAAAUGGUGAAUAUAUAGACUUGCAAUCUCUCACUGUGGGAAAUGAAGAAUUAUGUGAUGUGGAAAAAGUGGAGUCUCAUAUAACUCACAUUGUAGCUGAUAUUAUUUAUAAAGAUACAAGAGUUCUUGAACAAAUGAGAAAUUUAAAAAUGGAAACAAGAUUCACUCUACAAAGUACCAGAACUAAAAGUUCCACAAAGGAGGUUAAAACCGAUGAAAAUAAGAAAGUAGACACAAAAUCAGAUCCAGAGACAUAUAAGCUUUACUUUGAAUGGAAAUGUCCAGUGCAGCAUAUAAAGAGCUAUCAAACAUUGGCAAUUAAUAGAGGAGAAGACGAGAAGAUUUUAUCUGUUAAAGUUCUUAUUCCUGAUUGGUAUUACAAUAAGCUUGAAAGAUUUUGUCUGACACUAUGGAAAAGCAGCCACUGGGUACGGAAAGGUCUUGGUGAUGCAUACAAUCGACUUAUUAAGCCAUGGCUUUCAAGGCAAGUCCGCUCUGAUCUUACAACUGCAGCCCAGAAAGAAGCAAUCAAAACAUUCACAUCGAAUUUAGAGAAGUAUUUACUUACAGAACCAAUUAAAAAUAGAAGGAUUUGUGGUCUUGAUCCUGGAUUCAAAGCUGGCUGCAAGGUGGGCAUUAUUGACGUAAACGGCAGUAAAUUAGAAGCAUGUACCAUAUAUCCAAAUUUACGAAAUAACAAGUUUGAUACUGCAGCGGGGCAGUUGAAGGAGUUGUUGAAGAAACACAGUGUAGAAUUAAUUGGUCUGGGGAAUGGGACGGCGUGUCGUGAAACUGAAGCAUGGUUAAGAAAUCACGGUAUUAGUGCUGUUAUACCUGUCAUAAUAGUUCCUGAACAAGGCGCGUCUAUUUACUCUAUCAGUAAAGAGGCUCAGAAGGAACACCCAAACAUGGACCCUAAUUUGAUAUCAGCUUUAUCAAUCGCCAGGAGAGUACUGGAUCCAUUGGGAGAACUUAUCAAAGUAGAUCCGAAAAACUUAGGAGUGGGCUUGUAUCAGCACGACAUUCCUCCUAAGAUGUUGGAGACAGCCCUUGACAGUGGUGUAGAGAAGAUUGUGAGUUUGGUUGGGGUUGACAUCAACACUGCGUCACAGGCUAUGCUGAGACGCAUAUCGGGCCUUAACGACGGAAGGGCAAAGAAGAUAAUAGCAUACCGAGAAGCAAAUAGCACAUUCCAGAAUAGAGCGGAAAUACUAAAGGUGUCUGGAAUCGGUAAAAUAACUUACCAGCAGUGUGUGGGCUUUUUGAAGGUGCUCGGAGGAACAGAGCCCUUGGACACUACUAUUAUACAUCCAGAGAGCUAUAAGGUUGCCAAAUUAUUUGCUAAAAAAAUCGGAGUAGACAUAAAACAACUGACGCAGCCAAACUUCCCGCACAUUGUCGAGAGCAAGACGAUUAAUAUCGACAUGGUGUCGCUGAGUAAGGACCUGGACUGUGACGUCAGCACACUGGAGCUGAUACUGACAGCGUUCAGGCAGAAGUCCUACGAGGAUAACGUCAUAACAUUCUGCCGGCCGGUUUACUCGAUGGCAGUGCAGAAAAGUGAACAGUUGGCUAGCGGUACACAGUUGACUGGCGUUGUACGAAACGUUGUACCGUUCGGCUGUUUCGUAGACUGCGGCGUGGGCGACAACGGACUCAUACACACCAGCAACUUGGCGAACAUGUCGCCUAAACUCGGCGAUCGAGUCUCCGUCACUGUGAUAUCCACUCCGAAGCCCAAACGACUCCAGCUAAGACUAGAUAGAAUAUUAGUUUAACUAUGAGAAUAAGUUUAUGUUACUAUUCCUUUCGGCUUUGGAGCUCCGUCGCAGGACGCUACCUACAGAUAUCGCGCGAGUUGAAUGCAGUCGGGGCCCGAGUGAAACUCUCUAAGAAAAAAGCGAUUCACUCGAUUGUAUGAAACGUGCAGUCGUUGACAGAUUGACAGAUGACGGCUAUAAUCUUGUAAAAAAAGGAGAUCCACUACGUUUUAAGCAACUGUUCGCUUUCAAACUUAGCCGGAUUAUACUUCGUGGGCAAUCGCGAUACUGUAAUUACUACUAUUUCAAACUUAUGUCUAAUGACUGCGCGUUUCACACUAAAUUAAAUUUAAAUUUUUACUAAGGCACACCCGCCUGGUUUUACGUAGUGUUUACAUCCUCUUUGUAGUGCUGUUCCGUCCUUGUCAGUUAUCAGUUAUUUUUUUCAUCAUUUUUAAUCUAGUGUAAAAUGGUAUACUUAAAGUAUUUUUUAAAUUUAUCAACACACUCAUGAUCAUGGUCAUUAAUUAUAAUUAGGUCACAGCACUAUCGCAUUCCUGAACUCUGCAUUCAACUCGCGUUAUCUGUGAUGAUGGAUAGAACAGGAACAUGAACUAUUAUCUGUGUAAUAAAUACAAUUAGUCAACUCGGCAACUAGACAGAGCAACUAUGGGGUACCCACCCCAUAGUUGCUCUGUCUGGUAUGAAGGGGAGCGGCGUCCCUCUCCUGCCCGCGCAGUCUACAGGUACUUGUAUUUGGGCAUGUCACGUACACAAAUCAGUUGCACGUCUUUUGUAUUGACUUGCCAUUGUUAUUUUUUUUCUUGUUUAAAUACCUUAGCUGUAAUAAUUAUUAAUGCAAUACCCCUUAUCACACAUAAGGGGUAUUAAAACACGAAUGUGGGUUUAUGGUGAUAAUAGUAUCACAUGAGUGUUUCAAUACCUAAUUAUCAACAGUUGCAUACAAGACUUUAUCUACACCCAUAAUAUGAACCCUCUUUAAAAGAUUCUAAAACAGUUACCUUACUGCUAACAUUAAAAAAGGCCAGUCCUAGCAAUCAUUACAUCAUCCAAACGAGUGUUGUAAUGUUGUACUGAAUUUCAUUACAACACUCGUUUGGAUGAUUUAAUGGUUAUAAGGACAUUUGGUGUUUAAAUGUUGGCAAUAAGCUUACUGUUUUAGAAUCUUUAAUAGAGGAUUUAAAGCAUGGGUGUAGAUAAAUGGCUGUACAUCAGCAUAGUAUAUAUUCUAUUUUUGUGCAUAUUUUAGCGACUAGACGUCCACACUAUUUAGGUAUUUAGCGGCAGCAGUGUUGACAUAUUAUUAGUAUGUAUUACAAAUUUGGUAGUAUGCAAUUUGUGCUUCAGUUUGAAGGGCACUGAUUCUAUUAAAAUCUACUACCCGGGUACAUUAUCUCUGGAUCUGAUUUCAAUGACGUCACCACAUCGCGUUGCUACGGUGUGCAAAACAAUCAUCACCAGGAUAUUAUUAUUAAUAAAUAAACAACGAUUUAUUUUUCAGUAUUAUAGAUUGAUGUAAAGGUAUGCUGUGAUGCUGAUAAGUGAUUAGUAUAAUAAUGAAAAAUCAAUGAGAAAAAACUAGGUUAACUAAAAAUAGUAUGUAUUUUUCUGGCAGUACUAUUAUACCGACACAGAACUACAGAACGGUAAUGAAACUGUAAACCGUACUGUUGUAACAGGACAAGGCGAGGGGGUGAAAGGGGAACGGCAGGGGGCUCCACGUUCCAGCGAAGUCCAGUGAUAAUGUGGCGGUGUAUAAUUAUUAUCUUACAUCUCAAGGUGAAGCUACUGAUUCUGACUGAGGGGGUUUUAAAGCCAUAUUUUUAUGAUGGAUACAAAUGUUAGUUUCCAAUGGAUGAUUCUUUAUUUUAUUGUCUAUUACGCAUAGUACACGUCUGUGUGAAAGUGUGUCAUUAUUAUUAUUAUUACUAUUAAUAUUGUUAUUAAAGAUAAGUUUUGACGAGACUCUUGAUAGUCUGUGUACUUUGUACAAAAGGUGGGAAACUUUGUUUCGUUUUUUUUAUUGAAGUAUUUUUUUUUUAACAAUCCUGGUAGUAAAUUUAAUUAUAAUAUCUCUUUUCUUCUACACAUACCAUUAAGUUAUCACGGACUAAAGGCGGUGUUUUGUGCACUAAAUGGUUUAAUAUUGACCAUUUCAUCUAACUUAGAAAUGCUAAAAUAUGUUGUGUGCACAAUUCUUCCCUGAAUUAGUCGUGAGGAAAAAGUAUAUUUGAAAUUUUCGAAAUGGUUAAAAUAUAGCAGGUAUUCAAUGUGAUAAUCAGCGUUAGAUUUAAGAGAUGUUUUAUUUUUGAUUGAAUAAAAUGUUGCCUUUUACAAAAA